UCCCCCGCAUUGCACAAAGCUUCUUCACUACAUGUAAAUUGUCGCCCCUGCGAGUAUCCGAGAAGCUAGCGUCUCUUCGUGAGCAAUCAAUGGCAGAAGCAUCAAAUAACCGAACAGUCGGUGAUGAUGAUGAUGUUGAAGAAGAAGAAGAUUACAUGGGCGACCUCUCUCAAUUCCUUCCUUCAGAAACCGCUGCUCCACCAAUUUCUUCUAAAAAGGUCUCUAACCAGAAAUCCCAGAUUUCCCAAUCUUCAAACAAGAAACCCCGAACCCUAAACUGGCAACAACAACGCAACCUCAAGAGAGAGCAAAAACAACUACUAGAGGACCAGCAAACCCUAGAGAAACUAGAAUUAGCCAUUCCCCAAUCCAACGUUGGGUUCAAGUUGCUGAAACAGAUGGGUUACACCCCGGGGUCCGCCCUGGGGAAGGGGGGUUCCGGCCGUGCUGAGCCGGUGGGGCUGGAAAUCCGGCGGACAAGGGCUGGGAUCGGGCGGGAGGACCCGAGUAAGGAGAAGAGGAGGAGAGAGGAGGAGAGGAUGGAGUGGAAGAGGAUGAAGGAGGAAGAUUUGAUGGCGGAUUUUGGGUAUCGGAAGAAGGAACAAUGGCGGAGCCGGAGAGUUGCGGUGAAUUAUCGCAAGGGGAAGGCGGCAUUGGAUCAGUUGGCGAACAAGGAGGUGGCAGUGGAGGGGCAGAAGGACGAAGACGAUGGUGAAAAUGAAGAGGAGGAAGAAGAGGAGAUAACAGAAGAGGAUUUGCAAGAUGUGUUGAUGGAACUGAGGGAGGGAUAUCAGUACUGCCUAUUCUGUGGAUGUCGAUAUGAAUCAAUGGACGCUCUCUUAUCCAACUGUCCUGGAAUUAAUGAAGAUGAUCACUGAAACAUUAUAAUACUAAUUUGUUCAAGCAUUGAUGAAGAUGCUCGAAUCAUCUCCUGAGGCAGACGGAGCAUUGCACCGUCUAUAGAAAAUUGUUCUGUGGAAGGUUGUAUAUGGUUCAACCUACCUGAUCUCAGCAGCUCAAGCCUUAACCGACCUGGUAUUUAAGCCUCGAGUGUCGUUGUAAAGAAAGAAAUGAACACCAUGAAUGCAUGUAUAUCAUUCAGUUGUUCUCGAGCAUAAGAAGCCAUUCUAGGAAUCAACUCCACCACGAUGAGAGUUCUCUCGGCCGACUCCAAGUUGUACCGAUACUUGAUAUUAAGAUGUGGAAGUCAUGUAGAAUUUCUAUUGGGAUGUUCAUCAUUACUCGAUGGUUAUGUGCCGGGUUGAUUUUGUGUAUUUGUCAGACGGAGACCACUGGGGUGAUUUUUAGAACUCCAGUUUCAUUCUUCUAGAUCAAGAUUUUGAGCUCGAGAAAUCAACAAUUUAAUUCCUGAUUAACUGUGGUUACCCAUUUG